AAUCUGCAAAUGUAAUUUAUUUGAAUAGGCCAUUGAUAUAAAAAAAAAUUGAUGUUGUUAAGAUUAUUCGUUUAAAUAUGCGUUGAAUAACUUAUAAGUGUAUGCUGUUGUUUUACUGUAUGUGAGAGUACUCUCAUAUAAACUAUAAAUUAUUUCAUUUCAAGAACAAUCUUUACGGCUCAGUUUGUAUCAGGUAGCCUACGCGCAUACAGUUCCUUGUACUGUAUAAUGCCCAGAACACACCGUUUCCAGAGAAUAUUUCUAAGACUUUUUAUUUACUUUUUAGUUGUUGUUGUUUUUUUCCAGAAAAAAACCCCAAAACAAUUAUUCAGUAUUAUAGGAUUGUUGAGCAACUUUCAAGACUAACAGUUGUAGUUGCUUAUCAGCUUUUAGGACUAAUAGCUUACCCCGAGUGUCUAAUGUACUAAUUACUCUCGCAGAUGAUGGAUGACGUAGUCCUGCGCGUGCGUCUGGUCCUGUUGCUGUUCGUGUUGGUGCACGCGCUUUCAACGCAGGACCAAAGUUUGCGUCACGUGGACCCGUUAACGCUGAGCCGCGCGGACCCGCGCUGUUGGGAACGCGCUUCUGUACUGCUACUGGAGAUGCGCACGCCGAGAAUCGCGCACACGGUGCCUGACUUCUGGGAUCUCAUGGUGUUUCUGAAGUCCUCGGAGAACCGGAAGCACGGCGCUCUGUUCUGGGACCUGGCACAAGUCUUCUGGGACCUCUACGUGGACUGCAUCCAGUCCAGAAACCAUGGGCUCGGGAGGCGGCACAUCAUGCGGACAAAAAGGCGUCUCACGGUCGCGCGCUCUCUCUCCGCGGACAAGUCUUUUGUGCAAGAGUCGCAGAACCAUUUUUCGAAGUUAGAGGAGUUUACUCGUGCCUGGUUUCAAAUUCAAGCGCAGCAGGAUGGACCACGCAGCGUGCACAGUGAUGCUUAUCCAAAAAACCAGGCUUCAAAGAAAAUUUCACAUUUUUAAUCAUCAAGAAAGAAUGAAGAUAAAAUAUUUUUACCUAUGGCAACUUUUUUUUGUUUUAAUAAAAUAAUUUGCACCACUUCUCUAGCCUAAGACUUUUUUUUUGUUUUAGUGUUGAUCACAUGAGUAUUUUAAGACAGACUAAUCCCAUCAAACACUGGCCAUUAAUGGGUAAGCUACAGACAGUAAGGGGCACAGGCUAGCCCAUACAAAACCCAAAAUAACCUAAUGUGGGUUUUCUGUGGGUAGCUCGUGCUCUGGCAUGCCCACAUGUAUCCCAGGUAGGGAUUAUCAUUAUGUGUUAGCUGACACCCUUUUUCCCAGCAGAGGCUUGUGCCCAUAGAUUUUGUUGUGGCAGGAUGACAUUAACAAUGACAUAGCCUCAAAUAAAAUGAAAUUGAGGGGCUAUCACACUUAACUUAUGCUAUUGGCUACUAUCUACUGAUUUGUAGAGUAAUUCUGUAAUAGGUAGUUGAGAGUUCGCAGCAUACAGUCAUACAACAUACAAUGCAGCUUGUUUUAGGCAUUUUAGAAGAACCUUUGUUUUCCAUCCCAUCUACAUCUCAAAAAUACAUAAAACACCUGAAAUUAACACAAAGAAGUUAGCACAAAAAAAACCAAACAUUUUUCUUAUUUUUCUCAGCCCAGCAUUUUUCUGAAGUAUGGACAGCUGGUGUAUCCACCUAUAAUCCCCUUUCCAUCUUUUAA